CAGAGGAACCCCCUGGAACAUUCCCGACCCGUCCGCCCCGCCGGACUCAGUGACUGGCUGAGCAGGAAAAAGGCGGGGCUCCGAGAACGCAUAUAAAUACAGGACGGCGCCGCCUCUAAGAAGCAGCAAAGGUGAGCGGAGCCCUGCGGCUUGUUCUGUGCACACCCGGAGACCGAGAGAGCGAACCCGUGUCCGGUUUUCGGCAAUCUCAGAGCUUCUCGCCAUCGAUCGCUCCGCCGCCUCCAAGCCUGAGUGUUAGCGCAGCCCGAGCGCAGCAGUCCGGCAUGGCUAAAAGCACGGCCAUCGGCAUCGACCUGGGCACCACCUACUCGUGCGUGGGGGUGUUCCAGCACGGCAAGGUGGAGAUCAUCGCCAACGACCAGGGCAACCGCACCACCCCCAGCUACGUGGCCUUCACCGACACCGAGCGGCUCAUCGGGGAUGCGGCCAAGAACCAGGUGGCGAUGAACCCGCAGAACACAGUGUUCGACGCGAAGCGGCUGAUCGGCCGCAAGUUCGGAGACCCGGUGGUGCAGUCGGACAUGAAGCACUGGCCUUUCCAGGUGAUCAACGACGGAGACAAGCCCAAGGUGCAGGUGAGCUACAAGGGGGAGACCAAGGCAUUCUACCCCGAGGAGAUCUCGUCCAUGGUGCUGACCAAGAUGAAGGAGAUCGCCGAGGCGUACCUGGGCUACCCGGUGACCAACGCGGUGAUCACCGUGCCGGCCUACUUCAACGACUCGCAGCGCCAGGCCACCAAGGACGCGGGGGUAAUCGCCGGGCUCAACGUGCUGAGGAUCAUCAACGAGCCCACAGCCGCCGCCAUCGCCUACGGGCUCGACAAGACCGGCAAGGGGGAGCGCAACGUGCUCAUCUUCGACCUGGGCGGCGGCACCUUCGACGUGUCCAUCCUGACGAUCGAUGACGGCAUCUUCGAAGUCAAGGCCACGGCCGGGGACACCCACCUGGGCGGUGAAGACUUCGACAACAGGCUGGUGAGCCACUUUGUGGAGGAGUUCAAGAGGAAAUACAAGAAGGACAUCAGUCAGAACAAGCGGGCCGUGAGGCGGCUGCGCACCGCCUGCGAGAGGGCCAAAAGGACCCUGUCGUCCAGCACCCAGGCCAACCUGGAGAUCGAUUCCCUGUUCGAGGGCAUCGACUUCUACACGUCCAUCACCAGGGCGCGGUUCGAGGAGCUGUGCUCCGACCUGUUCCGGAGCACCUUGGAGCCCGUGGAGAAGGCCCUGCGGGAUGCCAAGCUGGACAAGGCCCAGAUCCACGACCUCGUGCUGGUGGGGGGCUCCACGCGCAUCCCCAAGGUGCAGAAGCUGCUACAGGACUUCUUCAACGGGCGCGACCUCAACAAGAGCAUCAACCCCGACGAGGCGGUGGCCUACGGGGCGGCGGUGCAGGCGGCCAUCCUGAUGGGGGACAAGUCGGAGAACGUGCAGGACUUGCUGCUGCUGGACGUGGCCCCCCUGUCGCUGGGGCUGGAGACGGCCGGGGGCGUGAUGACCGCCCUGAUCAAGCGCAACUCCACCAUCCCCACCAAGCAGACGCAGAUCUUCACCACCUAUUCGGACAACCAGCCCGGUGUGCUUAUCCAGGUGUACGAGGGCGAGAGGGCCAUGACGCGCGACAACAACCUGCUGGGGCGCUUCGAGCUGAGCGGCAUCCCCCCGGCACCCAGGGGCGUGCCCCAGAUCGAGGUGACUUUCGACAUCGACGCCAACGGCAUCCUGAACGUCACCGCCACGGACAAGAGCACGGGCAAGGCCAACAAGAUCACCAUCACCAACGACAAGGGCCGCCUGAGCAAGGAGGAGAUCGAGCGCAUGGUGCAGGAGGCCGAGAAGUACAAAGCCGAGGACGAGGUCCAGCGCGAGAGGGUGUCUGCCAAGAACGCGCUGGAGUCGUACGCCUUCAACAUGAAGAGCGCCGUGGAGGAUGAGGGGCUCAAGGGCAAGCUCAGCGAGGCGGACAAGAAGAAGGUGCUGGACAAGUGUCAGGAGGUGAUUUCUUGGCUGGACGCCAACACCCUGGCGGAGAAGGAUGAGCUUGAGCACAAGAGGAAGGAGUUGGAGCAGGUGUGUAACCCCAUCAUCAGCGGGCUGUACCAGGGCGCGGGCGGCCCCGGGGCUGGUGGCUUCGGGGCUCAGGCCUCCAGGGGGAGCUCUGGGUCUGGCCCCACCAUUGAGGAGGUGGAUUAGGGGCUCCUCUCUCCUCUGCCUGUGUUUGUCUUUGAAACUAUUGCACCUCAAGAACCUAGGAUUGCCUUAUAUUUCCCCUUCCCUCGACUUUGUUGGUUGUAACAUUUAAUUAUACCUCUUUAGAUCAGUCGUGCUGGACUUGCUUUUUCAGUAUCUAAAUGUAAAGAUGAAUUUACACUGCUUUUUUUUUUAACAUCUUGCUUUUUGUAAUACUCAUAUCCAAACUCUGGUCAGUUUUUUCAGUUGGUUACUUGAAAGUAAAUAAACAUCAAAAUAAUUGGAGUGA